UUUAACACAUCAUUCGAAGUCAGCCCAGGACGAAUCGUGCUUGGUGGCAUGGGACCUACGAGCAGGAUGGGCUUGACAUGUUUACAUCAUGGCAUCCAACAUGGCGGCCUCACGACGCAAGGAAUGGAGGUGGGCAAGACAGUCGAUAACAGGAGAAUACAGAUGGCGACUCUCCGACGUGGAGACACAAGUCCUCACAUUGUUGAUGACUCGAUAAGAAAGCGCGCAUCUUCAUCCGGGAUCAUCACCGAUAGGGGUGGUUAUAUGUACAUCAGCUUGUACCAGCUGAGAUGUGACGACCAGGGGAUGUAUUACUGCAAGUCCAACUUCACCAACAACACAACCAUUGUCUUGUAUCACAAUGUCACAGUCACAGCAACUGCCCACAUCCCUUACAUGAGGGUGACGCCUAGUGGUUCACGACAUAGCGUCGGCCUUGACCUUCAUAUUAGAUGUAGCGGACGAGUAGGCAGCCAAUUCAACUCAAGCCUUUGGAGAUGGGAAUGGCGGAGCGCGGGCGAGUCACGCAGCUGGACAGAAUACCCACACAAGGAACGCAUCAGUUAUGAACGUCCGACCGAGGACCCAGUCAGUAAGUGUGAACUCCAGGCAGCAAGCACGCUCACCCACACCAUCACGGACCUGGACGAUUGUCGCCGGAUUCGAUGUUCCGUCGGUGAUGUCAAGUACAGUGAUGAAGUCACCAUACGUCUGGACAGUCCAGAUGGCGAGCCCAGCCUUCAUGGCGACAAGUCAACUCUCCUUGUGUACUGUGUGAGCGUAUUCCUGCUCCUGGCAACUGCGCUUUGUCUUACAGCAACAAUGUAUCUCACGUGGAGACGGCGUCGUGCGAGACGACAAGAUGCAGUGGAGCCUCGCCGCUCGAGAUCCCAGGAAACAGGGGGGUUGCAGUUCAUAUCGUUCCCCAGUGUGGACGCCGACAUGUAUGGGGACAGUCUCAAACCUCCUUUGCCCGACUCCAACAUUUAGAUGACUCCUGAAACUGUUGUGGCUCAUGAUUUCAACAAAUGCAAUGCUUGUGAUGAAUGUAGAUCUUAACAAAGAAAAGCACCCGUUAUGUUAUGUUUCUGAAUGUUUCAUGCCAUGUUGAUCCGACAGUUAAUAUACCUGCCACGGCAUCCGCGGUGGUAGGACAGAAGCAGCCGGUAACUCUCGGUCUGUUAGCCCGAUCUUUGGAUGACAGUUGACAGCCACCGGCUGACAUCAUCCAGGCUGUUUUCAACCGUCUGGAGUCUUUACUUUACCACCGCUGCCUCCCCCGUACCCACGGAAAUGGUGUUGUCACAGGCGAUACUGACAGUUGUCACGCCGUCCUUCUUUAGGGAGUGUUUCUUGGUGACCAUGUAUUGGUUUUGUCAGUGAACUUUUAAUAAUAAAACGUCCAUCACACAAAUGA